GAGUUCAAACAAACAUCCCGAUACUUAACUAGUGACAUCAUUUUGCACGAAUUUCAAUUCCUGGAUGGCAGUUGGGCUCCCAGUUCCACUUCCAUGCCGGAUUUCUAAAACAAGAGCGAAGGCUGGCAAACGGACAACAACACCGGAUUGAGGAAGCUGACGAGCGCAUACCAUGUGCAAAACAAACUUGUUUAAAGCUCCGAGCUGUCCGACACACUAUUGCACUGCAACCGAGGACACGUCGUUCGUGCUGGGCUACUCCCGUGUGGUCACACACCCAGCGCAGUCUUUUUCCGGCACGCGGCGGUCAGUCAUGCAUUUGUUCAUCUUUGCGGUCUUUUUAGCGUUCGAGCUGCGCGGGGCUGCUGCUUGGAGCCCGAGCGUUAAGUACGCGGUGAACUGCCCGGAGCGAUGCAGCGCAGAGCUGUGCGGCUCGACGCAGCGCUGCAGGCGAACGGUGCUGGACGACUGCGGGUGCUGCCAGGUUUGUGCGGCGGGAAGAGGAGAGCACUGCUACCGGACAGUCUCCGGCAUGCACGGCGUAAAGUGCGGAGCCGGACUUUACUGCGACUUCUACAAAGACGAGGACGAAUACGGAGAUGAAUAUGGCAUUUGUAAAGAGUGUAUGUACGGCACGUACGGGGUAGAAUGUCGGAAGACUUGCACGUGCAAAGCAGGUGGACUCUGCGACCGCGAGACAGGCGCGUGCCUCACCUUCAAGUUCCUGGCAAAAAUGGCCAGCAACCUCAAGGCGCACGAGGGUGAUGACAUCGCGUCUGGAGACGGCAGCUCCAGCACGGCUAGAGCCAGGCACGCAGAGCGGUCAGACAUGACGAAGGGGCUCCCACCUCGCUGACAUCCACCCCGAUCUUAGUCUAGAGACACCAGACAUGUAGCAUUGUAAAAUAAGGACAAAAAAAUUGAUAAAUAUAUAUAUAUAUUUUUUAAUAUGUUUAAAUUGGUAUUAAUGUUAUAUCAGAGAAUUUUGUGCAAUGUCUCGAGAGUUGCCAGUGCCGGUCAUGAUGUCAUACUAAAGCGGUUUCUCGUGCAUGUAUAUUCAGACACAUGCAGGCUUUUACAGUAAUGUCUUAAACACACACACAGAGUUAUUACAGAGUCAAAGUACAUGUACGAUCAUACAUAUGUAACCAAAUAUGCAUAAGAGAGGCAACACAUAUUGAUCUUGCAUUUUAGUUGUAGUCUGCUGAUCCAGAUUUAGGCGCUGGAUCGUGUCAACACUCAACCUGCUUUGGUUUUAGCUAUUCAUAAUAAUGUGAUUUGUUCUUGGGUGUUUUCAUCUGAAGAGACACAGAUACAGUGUUUGCUGUUCUCUUUCUCUUUUUUCUUGCUAAGUACUGUAUACUGCAUAAUCUGUGGAAUUACACUCCUGUGGUCUUUAGAAGUCCCUGGGCGUCUGUGAAGUCUGUCGCAGUGAGACACGGCGUGCUUUUAUUCUGCUCAGAUGUUCUCUGGAUGGGCUUUCAUAUCCAAGUAAACUAAGCACAAGGACAAAAAAAGGAAAAUCUAGGGUGGUUUUGAUGCUCAGUAUUUGCUGAUGUCAUGUUUAUUCUUGUGCUUUACAACAAUGUAAAUUCUAUUUGAAGUUCUAAAAAGGCAGAAAUCAGUGUUUAAUUUAUGACUUCAAAUUAAAGGUCUUUUGAGUCAUUGUAUGCUCAUAUUAUGAAAGUUGAAGAUUUCAAAGUGUAUGUACUAUAUAAAUGUUUUCUGCAAAUAAAAAAGUAACCUGAUAUCAUACUUUGAUUGAAACUGAG